UGUACCGGAAGUAAAACAAUAUUAUUGUUGUGAAUCAAAUCAUGGGCUGAAUAAUUUUGAUUUUUUCUAAUGAUAACAGUUAGUAAAACUACUUAUUGUGCACGUGUUUCUAUUUUUGAUUGCCGAAAAUAAAUUGCAUGUCUUAUUGAGUUGCCCUCAUGAUGAACUAUGAGGGGCUGGACACAGGGAUGGGCGACUUCUCACCCUCCCUUCAUGGCACAAUGGAGCCCGGACUGGAGCCUCCUCUGGAUCCGCGGCUCGACCCGGCGCUGCUGCAGGGCGUCGAGCUAGACCCCGAGGGGCUGGCUGUGUCCGUGCCCGAUUCCGUGCACCUGUUGGAGGGCAUGUUCUCCGAGCUGCACAGUGCUGUCGCAGAGGUGGGGAUACCCGUCACUGCAGCUCACUUCGACCUGCAGGAAGAACUGCUGUGGAUGGGGAACCACCGGGGCCACGCCAGCUCCUUCUUCGGCUCCACUAUGGGCCGCUACUCCUCCUUUCAAGUGCACGCGACAGAGGACAUCCGGAACAUCCAGAGCCUGGAGACCGGCGUCCUCUUCCUGUCAAAGAACAACCUCAAGUGCCUGACUCGUGGCGGCCUAAUCAUGUUCGACUACCCCAUGGAGGAGGGAGCAGACAUGCACAGUCUGAUGCUGACUGACAACAACACGCUGCUCACUGGUGGGCUGCAGAACUACGUCUCUGAGAUCGACCUCAAUACCGUGCAGGAGACGCAGAAGUUCACAGUGGAGGUCCCUGGUGUGGCCAUCAUGCGGCAGUCCAACCGCUUCUUCUUCUGCGGUCACACAUCUGGAAAGGUGUCGCUGCGUGACCCGCGGAGCUUCAAGCUGGAGCAGGAGUUUGACGCGUUCUCGGGCAGCCUGUCGGACUUCGACGUGCACGGGAACCUGCUGGCGGCCUGUGGCUUCUCCAGCCGCGGUCUGAACGGGCUGGCCUGCGACCGCUUCCUCAUGGUGUUCGACCUGCGCAUGAUGCGUGCCGUCACCCCCCUGCAAGUGCACGUGGACCCCCUCUUCCUGCGCUUCAUCCCCACCUACACGUCCCGCCUGGCCAUCAUCUCCCAGACCGGGCAGUGCCAGUUCUGUGAGCCCACGGGCUUGGCCAGCCUGGCCGACGUCUUCCACGUGAACACGGUGGGCCAGCUGCUGAUGAGCUUCGACGUGUCAUCCAGCAAGCAGGCGCUGGCCUUCGGCGACUCGGGGGGCUGCGUGCACCUGUGGUCGGACGCCCCCGAGGUCUCCUUCAAUGGCUACUCCCGCGAGACCGACUUCGCCCUGCCCUGCCUGGUGGACUCUCUGCCCCACCUGGACUGGAGCCACGACCUGCUGCCCCUCUCCCUGCUCCCCAUGCCCCUGACCAGCACCGAGGCACUGCUGUCCGAUUGGCCCAGCGCCCUGGCCACGCCCAGCCCCAGACGAGCUCCCCCUGUGGACCCAGAGAUCCUGCGCACCAUGAAGACCGUGGGGUUCAUUGGGUACGCCCCCAACCCUCGCACCCGGCCCCGCAAUCAGGUCCCUUACAAGACCAAAGAGGUGGAGCUGGAGUAUGACAGUUACAACCAGGUUCCGGAGUCUCCCAUUGGCAGAGAUGAGGAGCCACACCUUUAUAUGGUGCCCAAGAAGUACAGGAAGGUCACCAUCAAGUACUCCAAACUGGGCUUGGAAGACUUUGACUUCAAGCAUUACAACAGGACCCUGUUCGCUGGCCUGGAGCCCCACAUCCCCAAUGCCUACUGCAAUUGCAUGAUCCAGGUGCUGUAUUUCCUGGAACCCAUUCGCUGCCUGGUGCAGAAUCACCUGUGCCAAAAAGAGUUCUGCCUGGCCUGCGAGCUGGGGUUCCUCUUCCACAUGCUGGACCUGUCCCGAGGGGACCCCUGCCAGGCCAGUAAUUUCCUCAGAGCGUUCCGGACCAUCCCGGAAGCAUCGGCCCUGGGGCUGAUCCUGGCUGACUCGGAUGAGCAGACGGGGAAGGCCCGGCUCGGCCGGCUGAUCCAGAGCUGGAACCGCUUCAUCCUGACGCAGCUGCACCAGGAGACCCAGGAGCAGGAGGGGCCCCAGGCCUACAGAGGCGUCAGCAACAGCUUGCGGUGUUCUGCUGUCGUCCGCAGUGUGCUGGGCUCGUCAGGGGAGUCUGUGAUUGGCCGGCUGUUCGGGUGCGAGGUGGAGAACAGCAGCCUGUGCCGCUGUGGGAAGGAGACAGUGCGGUCUUCUCUCAGCCUGCUGUUCACCAUGCACUACCCUGAGCACAGCUCACUGGACAAGUCCAUAAAGGAGUACGACUUUGCGGAGAUCCUGAAGAAGAGCAUUUGUCUGGAGCAGAGCACUCAGGCCUGGUGUGAGAACUGUGAGAAGUACCAGCCCACAGUGCAGACCCGUAAUAUCCGCUGCCUGCCGGAUGUGCUGGUGAUAAACUGUGAGGUGAACAGUGUUAAAGAGGUGGAGUUCUGGAAAGCACAGGCUGAGUAUGCUUUCAGCAGGGCCCUCAAAAAGGAGGAGAUGGAGCCCCCGAAACCCAGAGAGCCCAUUCCCACCGAGUGGUGUGUGGAGGAGGAACUGUGCAGCACAGAGGGCCUGACCUUUGACACGCGGGCUGAGGACCUUCGGCAUGUGUGGAUCCCGCUCAGCCUGAAGAUGUCAAUCAGCAAGAGCCAGGGCCUGGAGAUCAGCUGCUGGGGCCAGAGCGAGGAGCUGAGUGCCACGGAGGAGGCAGAGGGGGCUGCCAUCUAUGACCUGGUGGUGACUGUGUCCCACGUGCUGGACGCCCGCACCGGAGGCAGCCUGGUGGCACACAUCAAAGUGGGAGAGACCUACCACCAAAGGAAAGAGGGUGUGACACAUCAGCAGUGGUAUCUGUUCAACGACUUCCUGAUUGAACCUAUUGAUAAGGCUGAAUCGGCUCAGUUUGAUGUGAGCUGGAAGAUUCCGGCCAUCCUGUAUUAUGCCAAGAGGAACUACCACUCCAAAUAUGACAUGCGCAUUAAGAACCCGAUCGAGGCCAGUGUGCUGCUGGCGGAGGCUUCGUUGGCCCGGAAACAGAGGAAGACUCACGCCACCUUCAUCCCCCUCAUGGUCAGCGAGAUGCCUCAGGCAGGGGACCUGGUGGGCCUGGAUGCCGAGUUUGUCACGCUCAACCAGGAAGAGGCAGAGUUACGGAGUGACGGCACCAAGUCCACCAUCAAGCCCAGCCAGAUGUCCGUGGCCCGCAUCACCUGCGUCCGUGGCCAGGGACCCAACGAGGGCGUGCCCUUCAUCGACGACUACAUCUCCACCCAGGAGCAGGUGGUGGACUACCUGACCCAGUACUCGGGCAUUAAACCCGGGGAUCUGGACGCCAAGAUCUCCUCCAAGCACUUGACCACACUCAAGUCCACCUACCUGAAGCUGCGCUUCCUCAUCGACACCGGCGUCCGCUUCGUGGGUCACGGGCUGCAGAAGGACUUCCGGGUCAUCAACCUGCUGGUGCUGAAGGACCAGGUGAUUGACACUGUGUACCUGUUCCACAUGCCCCGGAAGAGGAUGAUCUCAUUGCGUUUCCUGGCGUGGUACUUUCUUGACCUGAAGAUCCAGAGCGAGACCCACGACAGUAUUGAGGACGCACGCACGGCCCUGCAGCUCUACAGGAAGUACCUGGAGCUGAGCCGGGGGGGCGCGGCCGACGACGUACGCAAGGUCCUGAAGGCGCUGUACGAGAAGGGCCGCAAGCUCGACUGGAAGGUUCCGGACUGCGAUGGCGGAGACGGUCAAGGUAGCCCCAAAAGUGCUGCCGUGUUUCCUUCUGUCAUGGGUCUGUGAAAAGGGGGAGGAAGUUGAAGAAUACAUUCCUGGCAGCUAAUUUAAGAUCAACCAAUUUCAUCUCCAACUCCACCCCUUAGAUUUUUAAUCUGCGCUCUAGCCAACAGAUGAUUUUCAUUCAGUCAGGUUUAUACUUAACCAGCAACAUGGUCAAUUCCAGAUCACAUUGACUGAAAAGUGCUCAGAAUAUUAUACCCAUUUCAAUUAAUUAGCUGAAUUUCUAUUAUUUCUAUUAACUGAAAUCCAGUGAACAAAUUGAAAAUAUCCAUUUUAUUCUGCAAGGACUGAAGGUUAUAAUUUAAUGAAUUCCCAUCAGUUUUCUCAGCUGAGCUUAAGUGAAACUGAUCCUGAACUGGAUCUCAUGGUCACAUAGAAUGGACCUUGCAGGGUAUUACUGAACAAGUUGCUCACCCCCUGCACACUGGGCAUGUCACAACAGUAUUAACUGACAUCAGUUUUUCCAUGAUUUGUAGUGCACUUAAAAGUGCUUUUAAAUGAGAAAUGUGUACAUUGUCUGACUGGAUUUGUACAGUAUGAAUUUUCAUUUUGAAAAGAAAAAUAAAAGUAAAUUGUAUUUGAAGCGUC